UUGUUCACAGCCACAGGAACAUGAAAGAAGAGGCGUUUGUGGCAGAAAAAGCGAAAACAUUACGGACAGAACAGAGCGGUCAUCUGGCGUCUCUGUUGCUGUACAUGACAGCUGAGCUCGGUUCUACGUCCUGGUGAGCGGACCGGCUCUACAGUCCGGUUCCGUUUAAAGCUUUUUUUUUACAGUCUGACCCCGGAGCCUUCAGGUCGGGACGAUGUUCUGUGUCCGAGUUCGAGCCCAGCAGCUGCUGCACAAAGUCUUCUCUCCUUCGGCUGGACUACGAUGGACCGCUGCCUCCAGAUCCCCCUGCAGCUCUUCAGACUCCCAGGACGCUGCCCCCUCCAUGCUCAAGCACCUGACCUCAAAGAUCACAGCCGUAGGUCCAAUUACUGUGGCGGAAUACAUGAAGGAGGUCCUCACCAACCCUGUGACGGGUUAUUAUGUGAGGGGCGACAUGCUGGGACCUGAUGGAGAUUUCAUCACAUCACCAGAAAUCAGUCAGAUUUUUGGAGAGCUGAUGGGCGUGUGGAUCAUCAGCGAGUGGAUGGGAGCGGGCCGACCCCAGCAGCUGCAGCUGGUGGAGCUGGGACCUGGGAAAGGAUCGCUGGCUGCAGACGUGCUCAGAGCCUUCAGUCAGCUGAAGUCAGUUGUGGGCGGGGCGUCCGUGUCGCUGCACCUGGUGGAAGUGAGUCCGGCUCUUAGUGUCAUCCAGGCUCAGAACCUGACCGGCGGUCAGGGGGGGCCGAGCAGCGACGGCCCGGUCUACCUGCGGGGAGAAACAGCCGCGGGGCUGCCGGUGUCGUGGUACCGGCGCUUGGAGGACGUCCCUGCAGGAUUCAGCAUCUUCAUUGCUCAUGAGUUCUUUGACGCUCUGCCAGUCCACAAGUUCCAGAGGACAGACCGGGGCUGGAGGGAGGUGAUGGUGGACAUCGACCCCCACGGUCCGCAGCAGCUCAGGUUCGUCCUGGCGCCGUCUCCGACCUUGGCCUCAUCCGUGCUCGUCCAGGCGGCCGAACCGCGGGAUCACCUGGAAGUGUGCCCAGAGGCUGGAGUCAUUGUCCAGCAGCUGGCCAGAAGAAUCUCAGAGAACGGUGGAGCAGCUCUGAUCGCAGAUUACGGCCAUGAUGGAACAAAGACGGACACGUUGCGGGGCUUCAAAAACCACCAGCUCCACCACGUCCUGUCCUCUCCCGGCUCAGCCGACCUCACCGCCGACGUUGACUUCAGCUACAUACGGAGGAUGGCUGGAGAAGGGGUGACCUGUCUGGGACCAGUGGCCCAAAAGACGUUCCUGAAGAACAUGGGCAUUGAUGUCCGCAUGCAGGUUCUCCUGAGAAACUGCAGCGACCUGUCCACCAGGAAGCAGCUCAUCAGCAGUUACGACAUGCUGACCAGUUCAUCCAAGAUGGGGGAGCGCUUCCAGUUCUUCAGCCUACUGCACCCCAGCCGCUUCUCCAAACCCGUCGUAUCGGCAGGGCUGAAUCUGGACCGGACGAAGAGCCCAGCUCCACUGCCGGUGGCUGGAUUCACGGAGCUCAGAUUCUCUUGAGCGGGAAGCUUUAGGAGGGUCAGAAUUCACAGAAGGCCUGGCCUCAGAAAUGGGAAAAUGCUGGUUUCAUUUUUCAAAAGCGUCUCUGAUGUACUGUAGUGUAUUUAACUUGUCUUUUACAAACCAUUUUUUUAAAUGUGAGAUUGAGUGAAAAAUAAGGAAAUAAAGACUCUUUUACUGAG